AUGCAUGGGAAGGAGUUGGUCGAAUACUUCAAUAGCAACCCAACGAUCCUGAAUAUACGGAUCGAGUCCCGAGCCAGUGUGGAGUUUCCGGAAAUCACGUUGUGUCCCUCUGAUGCGUUGAAUUACACAGCACUGGAACUCCACAAUCUGACCAAGGAAACAAUGCCUUACGCCUUUCAGUUCCCGAAAAAGCUUAAUAUGAGCUUAUGGAAAGGGCUGGACUUGUUCACUUUCAAGGACUUUCAUAACAUCGUGAACGACUGCCUUUUAUUUUCCGAGCCGAACCUUGCAAGUGACUGUGUUCGAGGAUUCUGGACCUGGAUAAAUGACACUCAAGUGUUUACAACGGCUGCGGGAUAUUGGAGGGAAACCAGGUUCCUGACUACUGCUGAAUCUUGGCCUCUGAAAGUUUGCUACACUUUCCAUGCGGAUACCACGCUCCCUAUAAAGAUUCCCACUCUGUUCCCUAUAUUUGAGCUUCGCUUGAAUUUCCAUGACUAUAACAACAGCGGCUAUUACGAGAUCCGCAUAGACUCGCAAGAAGAGCCGUUCACAGAAAUGAAAAACGUGACAUCUUCAGGACAGACAUUUUUCCUCACGAAGGGAAGCAGUUAUAUGCUGAGCCUAUCAGUGAAGAACUACAAUUUCCUGCCCUCAGGAAGUCAAUGCAAUGGAGACGAGGAUUACGGCUACCAGAAGUGUUUGGUAACUGCACUAACGGAGAAGGUGUUCAAGAACCUUACGUGUUCCAUACCGUCAGUGGUACCAAACAUUCCUGACCAGAUAUACACGAAGGACCAGUGCACCCCAUUUGAAAUAUUUCGAUUCUUCUACCGUUAUGGUGUUGCGCUGAAGUCUUACGAUCCUGGAUGUUUGAGGAAAUGCAAGAGGACGACGUACAACGUGAUCCCAUUCCAGGAGGCAGCCCUUCCUGCUGAAGAGUAUCUAGGCGGGAUCAAGUUGAACUUCCCAGCAGCCGAACUUGAAAUAGUGGAAGAGCAGGAACUGACAUCGCUAUCUCAGUUUCUCUCCAACGUUGGAGGGAUGAUCGGGCUUUACUUGGGAUUCUCUCUUCUCAGCCUCUACGAAGGCAUGGAAAUUCUACUCUCGUGGGUCAAGUCACGAUUCUUCAAUGCUCCAAUUCGACCGAAGAGCAGUAAAAAGCACGACAUGAAAGAUGUGAAUCUCUUCAGUUGA